AUGGCAGCCCAGGCGCGGACCCCUCAGACCCCUCGGUCACGGAUCCUAGGCUGCUCCUCCAUGCUGCGCUUUUUCCGAAACCUGGUGGGGAGUAAGGGCGGUUCUAAGAGUGCUAACAAGCCCCUGACCAGGAGCCAGCCCAGCUCCUCACAGGAGCAAGAUGUUGUCUCCCCAAGGAUGGGCCACCAGGGAGGUCAUGGGAGGAAGGAGCCCCAGGCCAAGGUCCACUCUGCAGCUUCCUCUAGUGGGAAGAGGGAGCCCCCGCCCAGGGUCCUCUCUGCAGCUCCCUCCAACCAGAAGCACGAUGCCUUUGGGCUGGGCACUGGGGACUCAGGGUCCCAGACCCUCACCUCCAAGGAUGUCCAGAAGCUAAGUGCCCAGAGUGUUGAGGUAACAUCAGUUCCUACCAGAGGAACCUGGGAGGUUCUGGAGCAGCUACCUGAGAAGAAAGGAGAGGAGGAGGAGCCAGUAGGGGAGGUCUCCGGGGCCUCAGACAGGGAGCACUUUGGCCAGGCCCUGGAGACAGAACAAGGAUGCUUACAGUGGGUUCCGGGACCCCUGGUGCUCACUCCUGGGGCCCUCAUCAAGGAGGAAGAGGAUGAGGACUGCCCAAUUGAGUUUGGAGACCUCAAGCCGUCCUCUUGCAAGGUGGGGUCCACCCCGUGGAUCUAUUUCCUUGGCUUGUACAAGCAGUUCCAGAAGUCAGCCAUGGCCAAGGCUCAGAGGCCAUCUGCGUCUCAGUUGGCUCUCAAGGACGGCUUGCCCCACGAGGAGAAAGGGGAGAGAGAAGAAGCGGUGGAUGAGAGCAAUCAUAAGUGGUGUGCCCCGCGCGCCUCCAGCGACGAGAGCUGUCCCAAGUGGUGUGCCCCGCGCGCCUCCACCUACCAGUCGCCGCUGCAGAAGGCGUUUAGGUCCACAGAUACAGUGGGUUUUGUGGAGUCGGAGCUGAAGAAGAUUCUGUCAGUGCAACGAGAGGCUCGCCUCUGGAAGGUGGGCAACCCCGAGGGCAGGGAGCUGCUGACCCAGCCAGACAUCACGCUGGAGGAGGCUGGCAUGGUGGACGGCCAGCACCUGCUCCUGGAGGAGAUGGACGAGAUGGGAAACUGGCCCCCUCCGGAGUGA